ACUUUACAAAGCCGCAGCUUCAUUUCUCGACAACCUCCUCGAACCAGAUCAGCUUCUACUACCACGGCAUACAGUAUAUGAUCUGUAUUAGUUGGCGACCUCAAUAAUUGGCUCGAAAUACCUCUCGAAGGGCCCUGAGCCUUUCAACCCACCAUGUCCGAUCAUGUGUCCAAGACAGCUCGCCCAGCUCCAUCCGUGCCCUCCACGUCCUUCAACUACCCUUUCGCUGCCGCACCAGACAUAAUUCGGUCACAUCAGAAAGAUGCAUACUUUGAGGGCGUCCUCAUGAACCACAUUUCCGACAUACUGCGACAACUCUACGGCGCACGCUUCCUCCACAAGUGGACGGCCGAAGCAAGCACGUUCGCCGACCUCUCAUAUCUCGCCCUCACAACUCUCAUUGGCAACCGCACACUCGGCGAGGAAUACUGCGAUAUCAUCCAGAUUGAAGACGACACCCUCAGGUUACCCAGCAUAACGCGCCGAGCUGGCUACAUCCUAACCGCCAUCCUUCUCCCAUACUCCCUCAACCGCCUCCUUCCUUCAUUCCGCGCCCGGAUCCGCGCCAAGCUCGAGCGCAACCUACGCCGCUUAUCGAAGGACCAGCAGCAAUCCUCGCGAUCCUAUAAGUUCCAAUCAUAUAUCCUAAGGCAUCUUGCCGCAAUCACUUCCCCGUCACCCAUCCACGCCGCCACCCUCACCGUCUUCUACUUCACCGGCUCGUACUAUCAGCUCUCCAAGCGUAUCUGGGGCCUGCGCUACAUCUUCACCAAGAAAAUCGGGGAAUCGGAAGCCCGCAUCGGCUACGAAGUCCUCGGUGUCCUCCUUGUCCUCCAGAUCGCCGUCCAGAGCUGGAUACACCUUAAUUCGACGGUUGCCGAAUUCUCGCAGCCGGCCCAUACCGCGAAUGCCCAGGGCAGCGGCACUGCUGUCCUCGACAAUGGGGUCGAGAUUUCCCUCAACGAGAAUUCAUUCACUUCUAGCAGCGAGCUGCUCCUAGAUGCCUCCACGGGCGCGGGAUCUACCAUAAAUAUCGAAAGGGCGAUGCAUACACCCGUUCUCAGCGUCCCGAGGGUGGAGCUUAAAGGUGAUGAUGUGAUGGCGUGGAUUAAAGGCGCCCAGCAACGGCGCUGUACAUUAUGUUUAGAGGACCUGAAGGAUCCGAGUGCGACGCAGUGUGGACAUGUAUUCUGCUGGACGUGUAUUGGAGACUGGGUGAGGGAGAAGCCAGAAUGCCCGCUUUGCAGGAGAGGCUGUCUGGCGCAGCACAUUCUGCCGCUGAGGUCGUGAUGGGGCGCAUAACUAGGCUUAGAGAUGUCCCAGGCGAGCUGUAAUAUUACAAAUAAUUGUCAUAUAGAGGCCAUAUAUGCCACAGGGCAGUGUCACAAUUUAAUGAUCAUG